AUGUCCUUGGAUUUUCUUCUUUGUUCACCUCGUGCCAUGGUGGUGUAUGACUUCGAAUAUGACCAGGAAAAUGGGGUUUGGGAGGGUGGAGAGGGCCUAAUUGCAAAGAAAGGUGCAGGGGAUGAAGGUGGUAGAGAAGCUCAAAGGAUGAAAAAAUCAACUAGAAUUGAUGCAUUCUUUAAAAGAAAGAAUGUUGAAGUUUCAACAUCUGAUGUCUCAUCAAAUCUAUCAGUGGAUGUAGAUCAUAAAAAUUCAAAAAAUCGCCCAACAAAGUCUUUAAGACUUGACAAUAAAGAAGGAUUCGAUAUUAAUUUAUUAGAGCGUGAUCCGGGAAUACGCCCGCUAAUAUGGGAGUAUCUACUAGAGAAGCGUAGCGAAUCAUCUUGGUUUAAGCUAUUUCCAUCUUGGUUGGAAUAUUCUCCUAAAGUAGAUGCUGCAUUUUGUCUACCAUGCUUUUUAUUUCACUCUAAAGAUGCACCUCCUAGAUUGGAUGAAUUUACUAUUAAUGGAUUUCGAUCAUGGAAAAAGGUAAGAGGAAAAUAUUGUGAAUUUUUAGCACAUAUUAGAGACGAUAUAAAUUCACCUCAUAGAAAUUCUGAGAAAACAGUUGCAGAUCUCAUGAACCAACCAAUACAUAUUGGAAGAAGGUUUGCAAACUUCACAUCACAAGAAAUUGCUUACAAUAGACUUCGUUUGAAAACAUCAAUUGAGGGGAUUAUGUGGCUUGCAUUUCAAGCAUGCCCUUUUAGAGGUCAUAAUGAAUCUAAAACUUCAAUUAAUCGGGGAAACUUUUUAGAGUUGUUGAGUUUCAUAACUUCUUAUAAUGAUAAGGUAGCGGAAGUUUCGGAUAAAGCUCCACAAAAUGCCACAAAUACAUCACCAACAACGCAAAAACAAAUUUUGCAUGUAUUGGGAAAUAAAGUGAGAAACGCGAUUCGUGAAGAAAUUGGUGAUGCAAAAUUUUCUGUAAUAAUUGAUGAAGCACGAGAUGAAUCUAAGAAAUAG